UGCCUGCUCAAAACCGUCAAUCAAGAUAGAGCGAACCCAAUCCUCGAAAUGAAACAACGUCAUGGGAAAGUUUGAAUUUUUCAAAAUAAAUCUUGUCCAACACUUUACAUAGAUUCCAUUAUAGAAAACACUUGAACUUGGUCUUUUCCCAGCUACAUUGUGUUUAUGUUCUACUGACCUAUAACCUUUCAGCCUCAUGACCUAAAUGAUUCAUUUUAACCCCGCCCAUUUAGUAAGAAUUAUGAAUAAAAUAUGAAAUAUUGUUUGUAAGAUAUCAACUUUAGAAUGAAAUCCAUUAUUUUGGUAUGGCUUAAUAUUUGAAGUACAAAACUAGCCUAAUCCUUUCCCCAUUGGUUUUCAAGUGCGAGACUGUUUGCGGAAGUGAAGUAAGCCCGAUCUGUAUCCCUAGGCAACAACACUCCUCGAUAGGCACUGCUGCUGGGCCUCUAUAAUUGAGGGUUUGAACGAAGACUUUCAGGCACAGCCGAGUCCUUGUUUUUCUAACAAAUCCACAAAUAAACGAACAUUUCAAAAUUUCAGGAUGGCCACAAUCGUUAAAGCUCCGCCUGCAACUAUCGGACCAGAAUGUUGGAGGAACAGGACGCUGAGAGGUUUGAAGUUGGGACAAACAGUUGUAGAGAACAGUGACAGGAACUGUGACAUUGGCAGAUCUACUGACACCUUGCCGCACAUCAGGGAUGUUCUUGCUACCCUCAGCAAUGACGAAAUUAGAAAGUACAUGCGAGAGGUUAGGGUAGUAGUUGCUAAACUAAGAGAAAGUCUUUUGGAGACCAAUGAAGAAAUCAAGGCUCUAACGAGAGGUAAGGAGGCACUGGAGCGGUCUCUUGAACACACGCGCAAAGACAUUCAAUUGAACAAAGAUUCAAAGCAAGUACGCGUCACCCGACCUCCAACGGAGAAGG